CGAGCGUCGUUCCCCGCCCGGUUUGGGUGUUAGCUGUUCAGCUCUCUCGUUUUAAUUGGGGUCGAAUAGUUCUUUUCGCAUAAAACGCGCCACUUUUCCUCCAUUUUCAAUUAAUACAGCAAUAAAAAGAUACGUUGCAUGUGUGUGAUAGUGUGUGCACUGAAUCAGUCUCAUUCGUGGUGUGGCAUUGCGAAUCAAAAAUAAGGAAUUUAACGGCUUUGGCACGGUGGUACGAAGUUUACGAGUUUGAAACUUGGUAAACUAAAAGAAGAGGAAAAAACAAGCAAAACGACCUCGCCUUGCCGAAGUUAAGUCCCAUCCUCGAACUUACUUUCCGGGGUGUUUCGCAAGGGGUGAGGAUCCGCUUUACCGGACGAAAUAAGUGAAAGAAGAAAACCUGAAAGAGAUUGUAAAAAAAAAUUAAAACCUCGGUGAAGAUCGUCAGGAGUUUGGAGAAUGUGGUUUAGUUGUGAUGCAAUAUCGAUGAUGAAGAAGCGAUCAUCGUAGGCCUUUGUCUCCGAAUUACGAGCUCGUCGGAUUGCCGUCGUAAAUUGGAGUGGGCGAAAGAUAUAGUGAAUUAAGUUGGUGAAAAAGGAAUAUGUAGAAAAAGAAGAAAGAACAAGUGAAAGAUUCCCGAGGCUAAAGGAGGGAUCACGUGUGUGCAGAGGGCCGUCACGUUCCACAGAAACACAGUGUUAGUGUGAAUUUGAAACCGAAGGAACGUUAAUGCUGACGAGGCGUAAAUUGACCGUUGAUUUUUACCAAGAAGUGAAGAAUGGAUCCGGAAAACUUCAUGACAAAAUUCAACAAUGAAGUGACCCAUUGGAACAGUUGACGGCCUUUCCGCACUUUGUGAAACAAUUAAGAUGUAUCCCGCGCCGGCGAGACUCCCAGCCGCUCCCGGUGGCGGAGGAGGUGGCGGGGCUGCGGGGGGACUGAAGUUCACGGUGGAUGCCACUUGCGAGAGAAUCAAAGAGGAAUUCAAUUACAUCCAGCAACAGUACCACUCGUUGAAAAUGGAUUUCGAGAAGCUCGCAAACGAGAAGAACGACCUGCAGCGACACUAUACAAUGGUUAGAGAUUACGUCUAUUAUGAGAUGUCAUGUGGCUUCAACAUCGAGAUUACCAAGCAGACAGAGAUCGCGAAGCGGCUAAAUGCAAUAAUUGCCCAAUUACUACCGUUUCUGGCACAGGAGCAUGGAUUGCAGCACCAACAACAAGUGGCUCGCGCUGUAGAGAGGGCUAAAGAAGUCACUCCAACCGAAAUCAACGCGAUAAUUGGGCAGCAACUUCAGCAGCAAGGUCUACAAAUGCAACAGCAAGGCUUGCAACAAUUGUUGCAACAAAUCCAGGCUCAGCAAAUGGGAGGAAUGUCUCCCGUUGGAUUUUUGGGGUUUGCGGGGGCAGCAGCCGCAAUAGCCGGGGUGCCAACCCACCUUGGUCCACCGGCGGCACAUCCUGCGGCAAUAGCCGCUCAAGCCCAGGCUCAAGCUCUUCUCAAAUCUGCGGAUUUGCAACACCGAAGCGCCGCCGCGACGCCUGAAGAUCGAAAAUCAAUAACAAUAACUGAACUCAGACGAUCCUCCUCACCCCCUGAAAAAUUUCGUAUGCGCACCCCAGACCUUGAAAGCGACAGUAAGAGGCGGAAAGAAGAAAAACUUACCCACGAAAGUGACGGUGAAAAAAGUGACCAAGACCUCGUAGUGGAUGUCGCGAAUGAAGUCAGUUCUCCGCAUGCGAAUGGUGAACAUGUAGAACCUCGUGAAAACGGUACUAAUAUGGAAAAGCACGGUACGCCUGGCCACGGUGGUCCAACUUCCGGAUCCGGUGCAACCUCCAUCAAGGACAGACCUCCGUCGCGAAGCGGAAGCUCCUCAGCACGGAGUACUCCCUCUCUGAAAAGUAAAGAUAUCGACAAACCGGGUACACCAGUAGUGGCAGCGAGGGGCUCGCGCAGUUGUACGCCAACUAUGGGGGGAAUCCCUGGGCUCUUGGCGUCGCGAGUCUAUCAUCAGCAAACUCCACCUCAGGGUUUUCAGGGCUUGCCGUCCCGAGGCAAUGAACCACCACAAUCACCCUCGUCGUACAACAGUUUACCAUACGCCCGGUCCUCAAUGCUUGGAUUUGACGGUCACGUGCGACUACCUUCGACCAAUGGACUAAACAAUAUUCCGGGCGGUAAGCCAGCCUAUUCCUUUCACGUGAACGGCGAGGGUCGACUAGAACCGGUUCCAUUUCCAGCGGACGCUCUUAGAGGAUCCGGAAUACCUCAACAUGCUCGUCAGAUCAACACCUUGACUCAUGGCGAAGUAGUUUGUGCAGUAACAAUCUCGAAUCCCACCAAAUACGUCUACACCGGAGGUAAAGGUUGCGUGAAAGUAUGGGAUAUCGGCCAAGGAGUCAACGGAACGGCGAAUCCGGUCUCCCAACUAGACUGUCUUCAACGAGACAACUACAUCAGAUCCGUGAAACUCCUACCGGAUGGAAGGACGCUUAUCGUCGGGGGAGAAGCCAGCCAGUUGAGCAUUUGGGACCUGGCUAGUCCGACUCCCAGAAUCAGGGCGGAACUCACAUCUUCAGCACCUGCUUGUUACGCCCUUGCGAUUUCUCCAGACUCCAAGGUCUGUUUUAGCUGUUGUAGCGAUGGGAACAUCGCAGUCUGGGAUCUUCAGAACCAGACACUAGUUAGGCAAUUCCAGGGUCACACAGAUGGAGCCUCUUGUAUAGAUAUUUCAGCUGAUGGUUCCAAAUUGUGGACUGGUGGCUUGGACAACACUGUAAGGUCCUGGGAUCUUAGAGAAGGAAGACAACUGCAGCAACACGACUUUACUUCACAGAUUUUCUCACUUGGGUAUUGUCCCUCUGGUGAGUGGCUGGCUGUGGGGAUGGAGAAUUCCAAUGUGGAAGUGUUACAUGCCAACAAACCUGAUAAGUACCAACUUCAUCUUCAUGAGUCAUGUGUCCUGUCUUUGAAGUUCGCCUCCUGCGGCAAGUGGUUCGUCUCAACUGGCAAGGACAACCUCUUGAACGCGUGGCGCACACCGUAUGGUGCUUCGAUAUUCCAAUCAAAGGAAUCCUCAUCAGUGCUGAGUUGUGACAUCUCGACUGACGACAAAUACAUCGUGACCGGUUCUGGUGAUAAGAAAGCAACUGUUUAUGAAGUGAUUUAUUAGAUAUAAACUCUUUCACGAGA